AUGAAACCUAUCCGUCGACCUGCCCCAAAACCUGGAUAUUCUGGUAGAGCAGGAACAUCAGCUAAGACUGCUGAAGAUGGGUAUUUGUACGUUGCGGGAGUUAGAGAUCCUUCCAAGCGUGUUACAGAGUUUAAGACCGAAUCAGAUGUCUGUCCAGUAUGUCACACAGAUCGACAAUUCAAUAAAAACCUACGUUUACUAGUCUCACCAUGUUAUCACAAAAUGUGCGAAUCAUGUAUCGAUAGAUUAUUUACUCUAGGUCCUGAACCUUGUCCUCAAUGCGGGAGGAUAUUGAGAAAAGUCAAUUUCGCUCAUCAGACAUUUGAGGAUUUGAAGGUUGAGAAGGAGAUUGCUGUGAGGAGACGGAUGGCGGGAUUUUUCAAUAAACGUCAAGAAGAUUUUAUGAUGUUAAGAGAGUAUGAUGAUUAUUUACAAGAAGUGGAAGACCUGACAUUCAACCUAUUGAACGAUAUCGACGUAGCAGAAACCGAAGCUCGUAUAGCCGAUUUUAGACGACGUAAUGCCGAAGCCAUCGCUGCCAACCAAGCCAAAGCCGUCAUAGAAGCUUUAUCUCAAGCUGAAAGGGAUAUGGUGGAACGCAAAGCCAGGGAAGAGAGAAUGGAGAUGAUAAAAAAGGCUGAGGUGGUAGAGGUAGCAGAAGAGGCAAGAGUGAAGGAGGAGAUUGUGGAAGCUUUGGCCAAGGGAGACACCAACAAAGCUCAUUCCAUACGUCUACAUGCCAACCGUGCCAAAGCUUCCAGAGCCGAAUCUUUAGCUUCCGCCAUCCCUCCAUCUUUGGCGGCAUUAUACGCAUCUACCGCUCCUAUUCCCGAAGGUCCUAAAAUAUCACCUCUCGAUCCCUCCUAUCACGGUCCGUUCGUUCCCAUUCCUUACGCCCCGCCGGAGGAAGCACGUUGGAAAGGAAGAUAUGAACUGAAACAAGAUUAUGUGGAUGGGAGACAGGGUGUGGUUUAUGUCAAGGAGGAUAAGGAGGGGAAAGUGAGAGGUGGUGGAUAUGAUUUGAGAUUGUUCUGGGAGAUGGAGAUUAGGAGUGCUGUGGAAGGUUUAGGAGUGAAACCGUUGAGAGAGGGAGGAGUGUUGGUUUGA